UUCGAUUUGUCUCGUGGCAAGUUACGCCCAAUCUCCUCGACGUCUUCAUCAACUUCCAUUCCGUUACCUUUCAAGAGGGGACUGACACCUUCGUCCAUUUUCGGGAGUUUUUUGGAUCUUUUGAGACGAAUCUUCUCUCCAACAUUACGCAGCCCAACAACAUUUAACUCGGAGGAUGUUUUGACCAAACGAAUUCGUUGUGGUCUGCGGUGUCGAAUAUCUUCAUCCUCGUACUCACAGGAGGAGCGAAUGGAAGAAGCUGAAAGAGAACUUGACGAACUUGAACACCUUCAUGAGGAACCAGGAAAAAGCAGCAAGAGUGAAACUAUUCGUGGUCAUUCUCGCAACGCUUCGAACGUGAGUACGCUCAGCAAUACCAGUGAAUUGAUCGCAGAUCCUGAAGAUGAUGGUGGCUAUGGAUCUGUUCGUCAUGUUCCUAAUCGGUUGCACAGCGAAGAUGUUGGUCUGGUCCUCAAGCUGCAACAGCGGUUGAAGACUGUUGAAAAAGACAAGGCAUCAUUGGCGGCUAGGGUUGAAGAGUAGGAGCGCGAAAGUCCGACUGCCGAUGUCAGGAGAGCUCAGGACAUGAUAUGCUUGCAAGAGCUCGAAAUGGAAAACGCCAAGAUCAAAGAUGACUUGAAGAAUCUUCGUCGUCAAGCUGCAACAGAGAAUGAGGUUCAAUUGCCCCGCAUUCUGGAUAUGCUGAUGAGCCAAUUUGAUGCCAUGUCCGACGAGCUCGAUCGACGACGAGAAGAAUGUAUUCAGCUGUGAACCCUGUUGGCUAACACGACUCUUGGAGGUGACAUUGGUGAGCAAACUACACUAAACGCAUCGCUUCUAAACGGAGGAGAGCCGUUUGCUGAAGACAACGAGAUCCUGAUGGCUUUUGAAUCUCAAAAGCGUAUUAUACGGCACCUAGAAAAUGAAUUACAGGAAGAGAAAGCCUCGUCUCAGCGGAAGAUUCAGAUUGAAAGAGAAGAAGUUGAAUGUCUGCGAUUGGAUAAUGAACAGCAGGCAAAGCUUCGUGCUGGGGCCUUACAUCGGACGCCACAAGGACAAACCGAUGCUGUCAUACAGCAUGAAAUUUCUCGACUCACGGCUGACAAUUUGGAUCUCCAGGAAAAUAAUGAUUUGCUAUCCGAGCAACUCAAAAAGUACAGAUCGCAGAUGAAAUUGGCGAAAAAGGUGAAGCAGGAGGGCGUACCUGCCGAAAAUCAGGAAGCCAGCCCUGAAGUGCAUGAAACAGUUUAUUCGAGUCGCAGGAACGAAAGAAGCGAAUCGCUGCCAGUUGUCCGUAAAAAGGAAACGAAUUACCUUGGGAUGAUUGAUUUUAACAUGGACGACGAAGAGCAGAUCGCCAGGAAUCUCGUCUAUGAACUCAAACCAAGCGUUGCGUCAACUCUGUUACCCGGUCUUCCGGCAUACAUCAUUUUUUUGUGUGUCCGACACGCUGAUUCCAUAAAUUACGAUGCGAAAAUCAAAUCUAUCCUAACUCUGAUUAUUAACACGAUUCGUCGACUAAUAAGGAAACACCAUGAGGAUCUGGACACUUUGGUUGUUUGGUUAGUCAACACGAGCAGACUUGUAGUCAGUCUAAAGCAGUACAGCGGAGAAAAGACAUUCAAAGAGAAGAACACUCCAAAACAGAAUGAACAAUUUCUUAGUGAUAUCGCUGUUUGGAUUUAUCAGGCGGUAAUCAAAGUUAUGGAAGAGCGUGUUCAAAAGCUUAUUGUCACUGCGGUGUUGGAACAUGAAGUCAUCUCUGGACUAUCUAGCCAAAUGCAACCAGUGGAACAGAGCGGCCGAGCGAGAUCGGAGUCAGCGAGGGAUACCACAAGUCCCGUUGACCCACAAGAAGCGAUCACACAUUUAUUGCGCGAGUUAACCAUUUUCCACGAAGUGUUGCAGUUAUAUGGCGUAGACCCAACGCUUAUCGCCCAAGCUUUCCGCCAGGUGUUUUAUUACAUUUGUGCGUGCGCAUUAAACAACCUCCUACUGCGUAAAGAAAUGUGUCACUGGUCGAAAGGCAUUCAGAUUCGGUGCAACAUUUCCCGUCUCGAACAAUGGCUGCGUGACCAGGAUAUUCAUGGACAGGACACUAUGAGUGCUUGUAUCGUAGAUAGCCUGCAGCCUAUUAUCCAAGCCGCAUGGUUGUUACAUUUGUUACAAGCUAGAGAAUCCGACGAUGACGUCAGGCAUAUUUGCACCAUGUGUUCUCGAUUAACCAGCGCUCAGAUCAUCAAGAUUCUGAAUCUGUACACGCCAGCUGAUGGAUUGGAAGAUCGAAUUCCAAUUUCUUUUAUCCUUAAAGUGCAAGAAGAAUUGGAAAAACGGAUCGACCUGCGGUCACAGAGCAUAUUGCUAAUGGAUACCAAACACGCAUUUAAGGUGCGUUUCCCGUAUAGCCCAUCUUCAAUCAAACUAGAAGACAUAGACAUUCCUGCCGUUUUAAAUCUACCAAUGCUGAAGAAGGUUUAAGAUCAUUUAUCCCAUGCAGACGUGUUAUUUUCUUAUCGAAGCAUUCCGUUGGUGAGUGUUAAGUAUUAAGGAACGAAAUGUGUUUGGCUGCAAACUUUUCGAAGCUAACUGCGGCCAUUUGUUCUAGUUAAAAUAAGAAGAAAUGCGUUAUCAUUGAUACUAAGUACAAGAACAAACUGCAAUGAUGCUUAAUAAGAAAAGAACAAUGAUCUGCCAAAGAUUUGUGUUAGUGACCUGCUUUGGACUCACGAUCUUUGCGAAUUUUUUUUUCAUUGCCAUGUUCAUUAUUCCAAAGAUGUUGUUCCGUAGUUCAUUUCAAGUUAUGCACUGUAUUAUUUCCGUUCUAUUAGUCAGUUGGCGGAAAUCCCCACCUUUCGAAAUCAGUUAAUUCAGCCGUUUCAUUGCUGUGUUGAUUUAUUAAAUUGAAUACAUAUUUUUGAUUGCGAUAAUUUCA